UUCAUCCAUGAGUCUACAAACAGAGCCUGGAUUCAUGAACGUGGAGAUGCCCAAGUCUGAACACAAAGCUGGCAGUAAGAUGGCAACUCGAGCCACAGGGCCUGGAUCUCCACACAAGGGUCCACCGCGUUUCAAACAGAGAUCCACUAGACAGUUCAAAAGCAAACCACCCAAGAGAGGAGUCAUCGGGUUUGGUGAAGAAAUUCCUGGAAUGGAAGGCUUGGGAACUGAUAUCACUGUGAUCUGCCCCUGGGAAGCAUUCAGUCAUCUGGAACUGCAUGAAUUAUCUCAGUAUGGCAUCAUCUGAGAAAAAAACCCUGCCUGUGCUACGUAGAGUUCCAGCGGUAUCUAACAGUAAUCAGAUGAUUUCUACAUGACCUGUUUACCUGUUCAUAACGUAGACAAUGAAAAGGGUAACAAUGGGUAAAAUAUAAGUCGGAGAGUAAUAAGCAUUAAAUAAAUAAGUUAUUAUAAUAUAAUAAGUAGAAUAUGUUUAUUUUUUUUGGUACAGAUUUCUUCAGGACGCCUGAGAUAGGCACGGGCUCCCCGUGACCCGAGGUAGUUCGGAUAAGCGGUAGAAAAUGAGUGAGUGAGAGAGAGAUUUCUUCAGGUACAUAUUCACAUGUUUUUUUGACUACUAUUGAGAUUCUGAACACAAGAAAAUACUUGUAAUGGAAAUGUUUCUGGUCAUGAACAUGUUUGAUGUUUUAAACAAAGAUUUCUUUGUGUUUUACAAUCAUAGUGUGACUCUCAUGUGCCACAAAAGAGCAGCUCUGUCAGUAGUGGAAAUUGUUCAUUUUUUUUUAAAUGUACAGUCCUGAUUGAAUUUGAUUGAGCAGAAAUAAUUUUGCGUAGA